GAGUGAUCACGAGAGUAAUGUCUACCACAGACAUUCUUGAAUUGUUUUCUCAAAAGUAUUUAGCACUGAAGUACUGUCAGUACAGUGUCUGGAUUUGUUAUGGCCAUAGAAGACCCCUUGAAAACGCAUUCACCGGAAACUAUGUUGGAAAUUCAGAGUAACAAAUCAGAAGGAAUGAAAACCGAAAAGGCGAACCAAAUUCAUAGUGGGCAUUUCAUGAUAAGUCGUGUACACGACCCCGCUACUGACGAAUUCGACGAAUAUGACGACAAGUCGGGUGAUUCUGUCGGAUACGAUUUUAUGGAAGCGACGAAAGAGACUUCUCAGACCUAUAGUUUUGGUCCAAGAAGCACAAGGACUCUUGCAAUCGACGCGUCGCUAACCAAGCUAUUUCAGUGUUUAACUCUUGCGUACAGUGGGAAAAUAACAAGUCCAAAAUGGAAGCCGUUUCGAGGCAUGCACUUGUCAAUAAAGGACAAGAUCAGACUGAACAACAUCAUCUGGAGGGAAUGGCACCUGCAGUAUGUUUUUCGGAAAAUUCCCAAUGUUUGCCAGUUUGCGACUCCAUUGUCAGACGACAUUCACACAAAACCCGAGGCUGUUGUCUUGGAGGGCAAGUACUGGAAGAGACGGUUAGACACUGUCACAGCCGAGUACAAGAAAUGGAGGCGGUACUUCAAGGAGCGAGUAUCUAGGAACCCUCCAGACUCCCAGAUGCAAGAGGAUGAUGAUUUCCCUUGCCAGGUGGCAACUAUCGCUGAGUUGCUGGAAAGGGUAAAAGAUUCGACAAUGAUCCCCCGACCGUCUCAACCAUCGGCCACUGACUUACUCAUCACGAAUGAUUUUGAGGAGAUGGAUUUCACAGAUAAUCUUUUCUCAUCACUGAAAGAACCAUUUCAGUUUCCCAAUCCCCGUGAAUUGUCUCAGCUGGGCUGUGCUGACCUCAUCCAGCCUGGGCUGAUUCAACUGCAACCCAAUCUUGAGGACUUCAUGGAUGUGGACACAGUGCAUGACAUGAUUAUGAACUCCUCUCGGACCCAGAUGACAAACUUCCUGUCUGGAUCAACUGGCUCACUGGACAUCCUGCCCACAGGGUCUGCAAUCCAGUCCAGCAACUCGGACCCGAUGCAGACUAGUAUGACAGUGGAGCAACAACUGGCAGCCCUGCAGCAGCAAUCUUACUCCGACCCAUCAGGGGUCCUGGAUUACCAGUUGUCUCAGGCCCUUUGCAACACAGGGUCAUUUGGCCAGCACAGCAGUGCAGGGAUGGGUCAGUCAGGCCUCAUUGUUGAUCUACAGACCGACCAGUUUGGACAGAACACCAACUUUAUGGAGUGUAGUGUCAUGAACAAACCUAGUGUGAAGGCUCAGCCUAUGAUGGAGCAGUCCUCGACUCGUCGUGUGGCACAGGUGUUACCGACUGCUAAUAUUGUUCCCACUUCGGUGGCGUCAUCACGAGAUUCACCGAGAAAGGCAGAUGAUACUGUGCCGCGUAUUGCUACCAAGCCUCAAGCAAGUGGGGUUGGAGGAGGGUUUGUGCAGCAGAAUUUUUUGCCACAGAAAAAAGAUGGUUUUGUUAUACCAAAGGGAAAGCCGGUUCAGACACCACGGAAGAACAGAAUCAUUGCUCCCGCCCCACCUAUUAGUUCAUCGCCGCCCUCAUCGUCCCCCUCAGUGCACAGUACAUACCUCGCCCAACUACUCACUAAAGGAACCUACCCAGGUGCAAUAAUCACCAGUGUAAAGAAGGAGCCUGUGUCAGGGCAGAUCACCACCACCACCACCACAUCGUCCAGUACCACCACAUACCAACCCAUCCGCCCUGCUGAUCCCACACGGGCCAACAUUAAACAGCCAUCCAGUCCAUCGCCCGGCAGUCCCGCAGUGGCAGUCGGCUCCUUAUCACCAGCACACAGUCCGUCACCUGGACUACCUAUAGAUCUUACAAAGGUACCCUCCAGCUUCCCCACCAGUGUUCUAAUAGCAGCAGCCAGUCAGGCUUUCAGCACCAUUUCUACCGUCUCCUCCAGAGAUGUGCUGUCUAUGUCACCAAAAUCAUCUGCUAAUAUCUUAACAGUCAGUCCUUUGCCACAAAGUCCACCAUCCCCUCAGCUGGAUCUCUCGCCGCGGCAACCACCUUCCCCGCUAUCUGACGUCAUGUCGCCUCUCUCUGGCAUGAUGAGCCCGGGACAGGUGGAAGUAUCGUUUGGGCUUGAGCCAGAGAAGGUGCAGUACCACGAACAGCGGCGGAUGGCCCACCAAUCCGCUGAGCAGAAACGGCGAUGUAAUCUCAAGGUAAACCCCAAUAGCGGAUUCGACAUGCUGCAUACACUAGUGCCGGCACUUAGUGUCAAUCCCAAGGUCAGCAAGGCAGCCAUGCUUCAGAAAACUGCUGAUUACUGCAAGAAGCUCAAGUCAGAACGGAGUCAAAUGCAAAAGGAGGCAGAGAUUCUUAAACAAGAAAUAGAGUCUCUAAACUCAGCUAUCAGUGUUGUCCAGUCACAGUUGCCCGAGACCGGUGUGCCAGUUACAAGGCAGAGGGUCGACCAGAUGAAGGACAUGUUUGAUAGCUAUGUCCGAAGCCGCACACUCACCAACUGGAAGUUUUGGAUUUUUUCAAUAAUUAUCAGGAACCUUUUUGGUUCGUACAACAACACAGUAUCAACGGCUAGUAUUGAAGAACUUUGCCGGACUGUGUUAGCCUGGCUGGACCAGAAUUGUUCACUUGUCGCACUCAGGCCAACUGUUUUGAAUGCGUUACGGCAUUUGAGUACAACAACCAGCAUCUUGACCGAGCCCUCCCGGAUGAAGGAGCAGGCGACGCAGGCUGUCACAAAGGAUUCUCAAUCCUCCUCCACCCACACCAGGUCAUGAUAACUCUUUCUCUCCCCAUGGGGGGACUCGGACUGAAAAUGAACAGGCCAUUGCUGUCACAGAUUACAAACAGUGCUCAAAGAUGUACUGAAGCUCACUUUCAUCAAUAUUAGUUGGACUCUAUGUUCAUCUUCAUCUCUUUUGUCAGCUUUGAAGCUUGCCUGCAGACUUUGAACUUGGGAGCAUUGAUGUGGUACUGAGGCUCACUUAUAAGAGUGGUAUGGAAAAACAUCGGCUUUAAGAAUUUGUACUUGUGAAAUUUGAAUUGAAGCGAUGCUGAAGCUCCAGUUUAUGGCUGGAGGAUGUGAGAGGCAAGGAGCAUAAAAGUGAACGACCUUGAAGCUACUAUGGUGAGGUUUGUGAAGAGUGACGAAGAGUUUGAGGCUUGUGACAAAGUUACAGGCUUCACGGACUGAGAGAGAGGAGAUGUAUUUGAUGUGUCACUAUAGAAAUAUUGUAUCUUUUGUAUGAGGGCAGUGGUUCCAAAGAAAACAAUAUGAUGUCAGUAUAUUCUUUGUAGUUGAACCAGUGAAGAUGUACUAUACAAUGCUGGCAUCCCACUGUAAGAUUGCCAAUUAUGAUGGAAGGAGACAGUGUUUACAGAUGCCUUAAUAAAAUGAAGAUCAGGGAUUUGCUGAGAGGGCAUAUGAGAGAGAGGAGAUGGUUGCUUUGGAUUGUUUUCGGAAAACUCAACAACAUUGCAGCCAAAGUACUGUUCAUUUCUGUUCAUGCUUACACUGUUGCUCCUUUUCUAUUGGUGCUAUUCCAGCUGCUCUUCGUACAAUAGAGGCAGUGUUGUGACUUAACUCAUUAACCGUCUGUGAAAGAUGCCUCUGUAUCUAGAAUGUGGUCUGUCAUGAGUUUCAGCUUCAAUCACAAUGUCAUUUGAAGCUGGCAACUGAACUGAAGUAUGUUGUAGUUUUGUGACCUACUGCUGGAACAGACGAUUUGAUUUGGUCUUUGGGUUGAUCUUGAAUGACGGUGAGUUUGACUUGCAGUGAGUUGAAUUUUAGCUGUUCCAAUCUUGGAUUUUUGCCUUUGAACUGACUCAAAUGUGUCCCUCAGAGUGUGGAAAGUGGUCUGGUGAUGGCUAUGGUUUGAAUAUUAUCAUGGUAGUUGUCUUAACUUAGGUGAGGCACUAUGUGAUGCCUCAAUGAUUCCUCAGCAAUGAUUGGAAGGUCUGAACUACACUGAUCACAACCAGGUGGUUGGAACAUAGCUUUAAACCAGAGAAUGUCUUCAGAAACACUGAACGUGAGUGAUGGCCAGGAAACUGGAUGGACCAUGAGUGAUGGCCAGGAAACUGGAUGGAACAUGAGUGAUGGCCAGGAAACUGGAUAGAACAUGAGUGAUGGCCAGAAAACUGGAUAGAACAUGAGUGAUGGCCAGAAAACUGGAUAGAACAUGAGUGAUGGCCAGAAAACUGGAUAGAACAUGAGUGAUGGCCAGGAAACUGGAUGGACCAUAAGUGUUGGCCAUGAAAUUGGAUAGAACAUGAGUGAUGGCCAGGAAACUGGAUAGAACAUGAGUGAUGGCCAGGAAACUGGUAGAACUUGAGUGAUGGAUAGGAAGCUGGAUAGGACAUGAGUGAUGGCCAGGAAACUGCAUGGCAAACGUAGUGCUAAGGUGAUCGUAACUCCCAAACUUAAACAGCACCAAAAUGUCUUUUUGGAAUUGGUCCCAGUUGCAUAGGUUCAUCCCUUGAGGUUCAAACACAAGGAGUUUCGAUUUGGAGGAUUUGUAAGUUGUGUCGGGAUCACCAUGAUCACACCAGGACAUAUUCUCAGUAAAUUCAACAGUGAGUUUGUGAUGGACGUGUGACCGACGUUCAUUAGGAAGUAAGAACAGACACUGUUCCAGAUAAUGUGACAGUGGUGCACGUCUGUAUCACUGUGUGGAAGGUUGCUGUGCUACAGGGUGGAAUUAUCUUUAUUUAUUUAUGGACGAAUCAGAAUGUUACUUACUGUGUUGAUUGUAUGUGGUUACCUCAAAAGGAAACUUAAAACCCAUCUGUAAGUAGCCAGAUGUGUCUCAGAAGGGGGAUGUUUUCUACCUUGAAUAUUUAGAAUGAAACCCUCCUUCGAAUAAGCAGCUAACACAUCACCAAGGUUUUCAGAGUGAAGGU